UUGUGCAUGUAUGGAGAAGAGCUGAACUCUGCCAGCUGGUGAUUUGAGCAUAUGACAAGCAUAGAAGAAGUGGAUUAAUGCUGAUUUAUGAUCAAGAAGUAAGGAAGUAAGUGCGGGCUGUGAGGAUCACAAGAAGAGCUAUAUGGGUACAAAUGAUAGGCUUAAAACCAAACCCCCCUUACCCCCUAAACCACAGAUAAAUUGUGGAACACAACUGGUUUCCCCUCUAAGCCGCACAAACUCAACAGCUGAUGCACGAUACAGGCCAAUCCCUAAACCUCGCCUACAGAAACCUGGUAACUCCCUGAACCAAGCUGACAAUGCUGAUCAAGCCUCCUUGCGUAGCACAGAAACUGCUGCCUCAGAUGGAUCCAGUGAAAGCCACUCUGUUCCCCCAGCCUGCCCACUCUCGUGUCCUUGUGUGUGUCAUAAUGCCAGCCAGAAUAGACCAAAUAAACCCCAAGAGGACGAGGACAAUUAUAUAAUUGCCUCAGAGAAUAACGUUGAUAAAGAUCCCAAACGAGUCCCUCCAGAUAUACCUGUACCUGCAAGACCUCUUCCCAAAGAGCCAUGGAAGACGAUCAUAAGGAAUGGAAAUGAAACUGGACCAAGUGAUGAUUCACUGAAGACCCCUUUCAAAAAGCCAGUUCCUACUGCAAGGAAGAGGGGUAAAGAAAAUAUGGUCGCUCAGGAGAAGUCUAAAUAUCAGCACCAGGAGCCAUAUAAGACUAUAAUAAAUGAGCUAUGCCAGAAAUUUCUAUCUGAAACCGAAGAGAAACCAAAGAAUGAGUUUGGAAAAGCUAUGCUCUCUAAAGAGGUGAUGAGCUCUCAAACCAAUUCACACUUAAGUCAGUUUCAGGAGUCAAAUGAUAUAGAUAAAACAAAGCAAAAGAAUUUUUCCGUAAAACGUCCAACAACAGUUUCCAAGUGUUCUCGCAGUCAGUCCUUCGAGACCUCAGCAAAAUGGCCUGAACAAUCAAGUGCUGCUUCAAGCCUUCAGAGGAUGUCAAGUCAAAAAGUCAAUGAGCAUAGUUGUUCCUGGAAAAUGCUGCAGGAGAAAUACUGGCAAGAGCGCUGUGUUGUGAAAGAGAAUGGAAUCCUAAAUACAAUCACAGAGGAGGUGCUUCUCCUUCAGGAGAGUAUUUAUGAAGUGGCAACAUCUGAGCAGUCAUAUCUUGAACGGCUUACAGUUGUUGUGAAUCAUUUCAUGGAAUCUCCAGAACUAAAUUCAGCUAUAACUCCCCAAGUCAAAAAAUUACUCUUUUCCAGCAUGCACAAAAUGAGAGAGAUCAGUCAGAAUUUCCUGUACUCAAUGGUUCAGAAAUUGGACUCCAGUUUGCUUUGUGAUGGCCUCUGUGAUGUUGUCCAUAAUCACGCCAGUAAACCAUUCACUGCUUAUGUGAACUACAUCCGCGACAUGCCAUACCAGAAGGACACACUCAUUAACCUAAGGAAGAAAAGCCCUCGAUUUGUGGAGAUUGAAAACAAGCUUCAGGAGGACCCCUGCUGUAUGCGGCUGACUCUCGACUCUUUCCUCUCGCUGCCUUUUCAGAGGAUAUCCCACAUCAAGGUCUUAAUGGAGACAAUCCUAAAGAGGACAAACUCAAACUCAAAUGUUCAGGCUUCUGCAGGAGCAGCCUUAACAAGGAUUUCUGAGGUGCUGGAUUCAUGCAACAGGGAAGUGGGUAGGGUGAAACAGAUUGAGGAGCUUAUCAGCAUUGACAAGAAAAUAGAGUUUGAGUGCAAGGCCUUGCCGCUGGUGUCAGCUUCUCGUUGGUUAAUCAGAGAGGGUAAAAUCACUCAGCUCGUUCUAGAUAAAAAUAUCUUUGGCCAGAAGAAAAAUUGCUCUUUACAUUUUAUCCUCUUCAAUGAUUUUCUACUGGUGGCCUCAAAGAAAGGGUCAGACAGUUAUGUGGUGCAUGAUUAUGCCCCGCGUUUCUUCAUUGAGGUCACUGAGGGUGCUAAACUGAAGGAUGAUCUGGAAGGGUAUGAAGUGAGCAGAGUAUUUCGACUGGUUAUGUUGAAGAACCACAGAGGCGUCUCAUACCAACUUUUACUGCAGACUUCCACACUAGAAGAGAGAGACAGCUGGCUGCAGGUGCUGAGGAAUGAGGAAGGAGUGUAUGAAGAGUGGGAUUGUCCUCAGGUGCGAUGUGUUGAGGCGUACAAUGGACAACAACCUGGAGAGCUCAGUCUACAGCUGGAUGACAUAGUCAGCAUCAUCCAGAAAUCUGAUGGUUUAAUGGAGGGUCAGAGGUUUCCUGAUGGGGAAAGGGGCUGGUUCCCUGCCAAGUGUGUGAUGGAGAUCUCUAAUGAACAAGUGCAGAGACGCAACCUGCUUCAGCGACACCACGUCCUCCAAACAGCUGCAUUCAUACAAAAAUGCCGCAGCAUAUAUCAGAAACAGUACACCACUACCUGCUUCAACAAAAAUUAAUUAAAAUAUUUAUUAUCUGCAUAUUUAUUCUCAUAGAUCCAAAGCCAAUGUAGCAAUGUCUUCAGGAACUAAAACAACACUGGAAACUAACUGCAUGCAUGUUUUAUCUGAGAUUGUGUUUAUAUAGUUGGUCUACUUUCAACUAUUCAGUGAAAUAAUCUGUAGAAAAUAAUUAAAUCUACUCUAUCUGAAUAAUAUUCUGUUUUGUUGUCACAGUGAUGGAAAGCAUAGCUCCUUACUGUGUUACCUUACAGCUCUUUUAACCUUACGUUAAAAGUAUUUUACAACUUUUAAAUUUAUAAAAGUAAUUAUAAAGGAAAUUUGGGUUGUACAGAAUUCUUUUAAUGGAUACUUGAAUGCGUUGAUUGUAUAGGAGGUGCUUCAUAUAGUUCAUGCUGUUUAUGAUUGUGCACUGAAACCUCAGACUACUCUCAGGAAACAGUUAUCUUUUUUUUUAGAUUUUAUAUUUUCAAUAAAUUAAAAUGGAAUUUGAAAUUUAUCUUUUAUUCUUAUAUUGUGUAGUUUAUAUGAUAAAAAAAAAAUCCUUAUAUAAAACCAUGGCCUUCAGACUGCCUGCUUAUUGACAAACUUCACUGCCAAACAAUUCAUUCAGAGGUUUAUGCACACAAUCCUGAUGAAAUGAAAUGAAACAGCCUUUAUUUGUCACAUAUACAUUACAGCACAGUGAAAUUCUUUCUUCGUAUAUCCCAUCCUUGGAGGUUGGGGUCAGAGCACAGGGUCAGCCAUGAUACGGUGCCCCUGGAGCAGAGAGGGUUAAGGGCCUUGCUCAAGGGCCCAACAGUGGCAACUUGGCAGUGCUGGGGCUUGAACCUCUGAUCUUCUGGUCAAUGACCCACAGCCUUAACCACUUGAGCCACCACUGCCCCCUGCCCCGCACCACUGCCCUCUGAUCCACCUUGAUCAGAGUCAAGGUGGAUCUGGAGCAUAUUCUGAGAACACUGUGUGAGGUGAGCAUACACCCUUUACAGGCUACCUGUACAUCACUGAGAAACAUAUAUACGUACGAUCACACCUAGGGAGAGGAAGCCGAAAAACCUGGAGUUUAUCCACAGAGACAUCUACAUUGGCAAACUGUGGAUUCGGGAAGUACUAAAAAGUGUACUAAGUGUUUGGUAUCAUCAGGGUCUAUCUAUCUUUGUAGCAAAUAAAACAAACAAACAAACAAAAAACUAAAACAGUGAUGAAAUGAAUGCGUACUUCAAUUAGGACAUGAUAUUGUCACACCCAGUUGCAGCUAGGGGCAAUUUCACUUAGCCAAUCCAGUUGGCAUGUUUGUUUUUUGGGUUUUUUUUUUUUUGAGGUGGGAGGAAACUGCAGAAUCAGGAGGAAGCCAAAGUGGA